AUGGCGAUCAAACCGAAUGGAAAAUCCCCGGUUACCACCGAUCACGAUGACAAAAUCAUGCUUUUCCGCGAUGUCACACCGGGUCCCCACGAAACCCAGCUGCGUUUCCGCUUGAUUCAUUUCUGGGAGGCUUGGAACCCUAUAAAGAAGACGCUUAUUGGGAUUGAGAUGCUGUUAAUUGACGAGCAGGGAUCUGUUAUCCAAGGAUUUAUUUCACCAAGCCGUAUUGAGAGACAUUUGUCUGAAAUGAAGCCUGGAUCGCUUUACAAGCUCAACAAUUUUUAUGGAUCAAGCAACAAAACCAUGUAUCGGGUUUCUGAUCAUGCUGUGACGGUGUCGUUCUCAUGGAACUCGGAGCUCUCUGUUCUUGAAGACAGUCCCACUCCUUUUGAUGAAGACAGAUUCCGUUUUCAUUCCUUUGAGGAAUUUCAAGCUGGCUGUGAUCGCAAAGGAGACCUCUACGAUGUUCUUGGGCACAUGAAGCUGAUUAAUGGUCAGUGUCUCACUGGGACCCCAGUUCUUGAUGAAGUGGAAAUAGCUAGGGCGAGGCAUGUGUUGGUUCAUGUGCAGUCAUACGAUGGACCUGUGGUGAAGCUCUACCUUUGGGACCAGGCUGCAAGAGACUUCUGCAAAAAAUUCAAAUCAGCCGAAGGCACCCCCACUGUGUUAUUGGUGACGACCGUUAACACCAAGAGUCUCGGAGGUACUCUUGCACUUACUACAAUGUCCUCCUCACGUGUCUUUAUGGACUGCGACGUCCAACCUACGGUCGACUACUUUAGCUGGUUGGGCUCUAACCCACAGAGUGCUGAGUUGGUUAAUGCAGAAGUGGUCACUAAAAGGGAGACACUGACCAUAGGAGAAAUAUUCUCCUACAUCAGGGAUGGAUCUAAUAAGGAGGCUUUUUUUGAGUGCACGGCUACGAUUGAUGAUGUGGUCUAUGGUUCAACCUGGUAUUACAUAUCAUGCAGUGGUUGCCAUACUAAGGCUACGAAAGGCCCUACUUCUUUGAUGUGUUCAAAAUGUGGGAAAGUCAACAUAUCAGGAGUACCACAGUACCGUGCACAGAUAUCUGUCUAUGACAACAGUGAGCAAGCUGUUUUUGUUCUGCUUGGUGAUGCUGGUUUUGAGUUAACCGGGAAGCAUGCAGCCGAGUUAGUCAGCAGCUAUUUUGAGGCUAAUGGAGACCAAGGAGUUACUCAAGAGGUGCCUUUCCCGGAAGCUUUAAUUAGCACUAUCGGUCAGAAACAUAACUUUUGUGUAAAGGUUACACAGCACAACUUAGAUGGCAAGUCUCGAUCUUUGACUGUGACCAAGAUUCUCCCUAUGGAAUCUCCACCAGUCACAGAAGCUUCGGGAGGAAACUACAACCCGACAACCUCGGAGGACGGAUUUGAGACUGGAACGAAGGUGUGUGCAGCUUCCAAACCCAGUGUGGAUUCGGCAGAGGGAAGUAAGAGCAAUGGUGACAUUGAUGAGAUGGGCAAAGCAAAACGCCUUAAGCGUGGGGUUUAGAU